AUGUUCUUCCGUAACCGAUGCAAUGGAGGGGAAGGCACAGGGGCCCCUCAGUAUCCUCGACCAAAAAAGAAAACUGCAGUGCCAAAGAGAAGGCAGCCAAAUCCCAGAGUUGCACUGGUGUUGCGUGGGAAAAUACAUCGUUUCUUGCAGGGAUCUGCAGAUCAUACUGUCCAGCCUUCUGGGCUUUACUAUGCUGGAAUUGAAGAAGUGGAUGAGGAGGGGGAAGAAGAUGUUGAAAAGUUGCAGAAUUGCUACAGGAGAGAACUGGCUUCAACAGAGGUGUGCUGUUCACCUCAGGUUCCAAAUGGACAUUGGCUGGAUGCAGUUUCUGGGACACCAUGUGUGGGGGAGGUGGAACUGAAUCGAGAGGGAGGUGUAAGGAUUCCUUGCACUUUGCAGCACAACAGUGGUCUGGCAGUGGUUCAGCAUCAAAUGACGCAAGGUCUAAAUGGAACUGAAAUUUGUUCAGGGAGGGGGCUUAUUGAUGGGGAGCUUCAAAGACAGAAAGACUCACUUAUGUACAGGUUAAAUAUGACUAUGCAGGGUAAAAUUGUUGAGGGGAAUAAUGAGGACCAUCAAGAAGAAGAAUCAAGUGCCAUCAUUGAGCACAUACUUAAGGAAUUGCGAGGGAUCAAUAAAAUUCAAAAGGAGAUUUCAGACUUAAGAGAGUACCUGUCAUCUGUACGGGGUUCUGUUGAGGAGGUCUCAAGCUGUGUAGAUGCCGUUUUAAUGGAGAUUGAAUGUGUGCGUUCUGGAUCCAAAUCUGGUGUGGAAACCUGGCCUGGGGCAAUGGGUAGCACAGAAGGGCCCUCCCACCAUUACAAAUCAAACAAUACUUUUACUCAAGGCUGUUACAAGCCUAACACAGUUGAAUCAUCAAAUAGCUGUGUUGAUAUCCUCUCUGAAUUUCAAGGAAAAUGCAAAGAAGUUCCAAGCCAGGAAUUUGCAUUUAGGGGCUCACAUCAAUCAUUUAGAUCCCAGCGCACAAUCACUAGUGCUCAGGCUUCAGAACACAAUGAACCCAAUCAAUUCACACAAAAAACACCUGAUCAAAUGUCAGAUGUACCUGAAGGGGCAGGGAAAAGGAAGCUCUGCUUUGGUUACCUUGAGCACCAGAACGGACAGGACUGUCCCAGCACCAGUUCUUUAUCUUCAGGUCAAAGUUCCAAGUCUGAGUUUGAUCCAGAAAGACUCCACUCUGAGAAAGGCAACACAUGGGUUGCAAGUCAGAACUGGAACACAGUGCCAUUUAAACACAGUUGGAAUGGAGAGAUUGGAUGGAGUGAAGAUGAUUCUUGCUCCAGACAAGGCAGUUUUGAAGAGGCAGAGUGCUGCACAGAUAAAGUGGGAAGCUGGGACACAUCAAGAGCCAAGAAUGCAUGUACAAUGGGCAUCUCAGAUCAAAUAUCUAUUUUAACUGGUAAGCACUACAAUUCCCCUACUAGUACUUGCAGUACAGACAGUUGCAGGACUUUGAUGCAGUACAAUGUGAAAAUGCUCCCUGAAGAACCUCUAUUGAGCUACCAUAAUUGCACUGGAGAUUGUGGCUGUCCUCAGAGCUCUGUUUAUCAAACUGACAUUUAUGGGAAUAAAAAAAUAUAUGCAUCAUCUGUGUGUCUAAGUAAAAACUUAACUUCUUCUGGAUUUGAAGCAGAUUUUCAUGAACUUUCUUCCUGUGUGAAUUGCCCAAUAAAGGUUGCCUUAAGGAGUGAGUCAAUAGAAAGUGUGACUGUUGAGCCAUCCAGUAAAGCAUCAGGAAUGGACAGGAACCUUCUAUAUGGACACACAUCACUCUGUUAUCAAAAUGUCCCUGCAUGGGAGCCAGACUCUACUGAUGCUAAUAAUAUGGCCUCUAAUGUAAAAAAGUUUGGUAGAGCAGUUCUUGACAUUAAAUCUGCCUUGCGGGGUGCACUAAAGAAGCUGGACGGAACUACUGCUACAUUGCCUGGUGAAAAGGUUGAAGUCAGUCAGCUCAUAUCACCAUAUGGGGAACAACAAGGAAUAUUAAAUGUCCAAAGUAUAGGAACACCAAAUGGAGAGACACCUCAGAUAGAUACAUCAUGUGUGGAUACUCCACAAACAGGAACACAUCAUUCUGAGCAACCUGAAGCCACAAGUACAGCCAGUGGCUUUGUAGAGCGACCUGAAUGCAUCUCCACUCAAGCAAAACCAGAAUCAGAGUAUGCUGGAGACAGUGAAUCCUCUCCUCACCAGCAUAAUUGUGAAGAUUCAGAAGAUCCAAAAUCUCCAAGGUUGGACUCAACCACCAGUUCUCACUUACCACAAUGCUUCAGCACAGACCAUAUCCCUGCCUCUAUCUCCCUUGAUGAACUAGCAAUUGAAAAGGAGCAGAGAACACUAGCAGAGGAAAUGCAGCCUCCUAUUGAGUCCUCUACUGAAGCUGAAUGUAGUGAAGCAGAGCUAAGUCAGAGAGAUGCACGCUGUUUGAAGUGCCUCAGGAGUUUCCAACAGAUCCUUAGGGAGAAACAAGAUUCCAGAAGACAUCUCAAUGUGGUGACGAUGUCAACAUUUUCUGAGGAUGAUUUUAAUUCAGAUGGCAGCCGGGAUGAAGAUCAGAAUAUCAAUGGAGACCACAAGAAACAUCCAUGGGCCAAACCUGGUGGAGGAGGAAUAUUUGGCAUUGAUAGCAUGCCUGAUCUUAGAAAGAAGAAGCCUAUUCCCUUGGUUAGCGAAUUGUCUCUGGUGCAGUCCAGGAAAUCAGGGAUCUCACACACAGGGAUCUCACAUGGAUUAUCUGUACGCUCUUCACUGAAGGAUGAAGAACUGAAGAGUCACGUGUACAAGAAGACCCUCCAGGCUCUGAUUUAUCCUAUUUCUUGCACGACACCCCAUAACUUUGAAGUAUGGACGGCCACCACACCCACCUACUGUUACGAGUGUGAAGGUUUAUUAUGGGGUAUUGCGCGGCAAGGCAUGCGCUGCUCGGAGUGUGGAGUCAAAUGCCAUGAAAAAUGCCAGGAGCUUCUCAAUGCUGACUGUUUGCAGAGAGCUGCUGAGAAGAGCUCCAAAACAGGAGCUGAGGACAGAACUCAGCACAUCAUCUCAGCCAUGAAGGACCGCAUGAAGAUCAGAGAGAGAAACAAGCCAGAGAUCUUUGAGAUGAUCAGGCUUGUGUUCAAUAUGACCAAACCGAACCAUGCUCAUCAGAUGAAGGCCAUCAAACAGACUGUGCUUGAUGGAACCUCUAAAUGGUCUGCCAAGAUCUCAAUCACAGUGUUGAGUGCUCAAGGCCUGCAGGCUAAAGACAGAACUGGUUCCAGUGAUCCAUACGUGACUGUUCAGGUUGGAAAGACCAAGAAGAGAACCAAAACCAUCUAUGGUAACCUUAACCCUGUGUGGGAGGAAACAUUCAACUUCGAGUGCCACAAUUCAUCUGACCGUAUUAAACUGCGUGUAUGGGAUGAAGAUGACGAUAUAAGGUCUCGGGUAAAGCAGCGUCUGAAGAGGGAAUCAGAUGACUUUUUGGGUCAGAGCAUCAUUGAGGUCCGAACUCUCAGUGGAGAAAUGGAUGUCUGGUAUAACCUUGAAAAGCGAACAGACAAGUCAGCAGUGUCAGGGGCCAUCAGACUGCAGAUCAAUGUGGAAAUUAAAGGGGAGGAGAAGGUGGCUCCAUAUCAUGUUCAGUACACCUGUCUGCAUGAGAAUAUCUUUCACUAUGUAACUGAUGUAGAAGGGCAGGGCAUAGUGAAGCUGCCUGUGGCUCGUGGAGAUGAUGCCUGGAAGGUCUACUUUGAUGAGGUUGCUCAAGACAUUGUAGAUGAGUUUGCCAUUCGCUACGGAAUAGAAUCCAUCUAUCAAGCCAUGACGCACUUUGCAUGUCUGUCCUCUAAGUACAUGUUAACCGGUGUCCCUGCAGUGAUGAGCAUGCUCCUGGCCAACAUCAAUGCAUUCUGCGCUCACCCCACCUCAGUUAACAAUGUCUCCGCUUGUGACCGCUUCACUGCCUCCAACUUUGGGAAAGAUAGGUUUGUUAGACUGCUGGAUCAGCUCCAUAACUCUCUCCGCAUUGACCUGUCAACAUACAGAAAUAAUUUCCCAGCAAGCAGUAAACCUCGUCUGGCUGAUCUUAAAUCCACAGUGGAUUUAUUAACUAGCAUUACAUUCUUCAGACUCAAGGUCUUGGAACUGCAGUCUCCCCCACGUGCGGCGCAUGUGGUCAGGGAUUGUGUGAAAGCCUGCCUCAAUUCCACAUAUGAGUACAUGUUUAACAACUGCCAAGAGCUGUACAGCAGGCAGUUCCAGCCAGCUGCAGAGCAUCAGAAACCAAACGAAAAGAAAGAGGGAGAGGAGGAUGAAGAAGGGGAAGAGAAAGAGGAGGAAAAUGCUACCAUGGAGGAACCAGGACCAAGCAUCCAGAACCUGGACUUCUGGCCCAAACUCAUCACCUUAAUAGUGUCCAUCAUAGAGGAGGACAGGAAUUCCUACAGCCCUAUAAUAAACCAGUUUCCUCAGGAGCUGAAUGUGGGAAAGGUCAGUGCUGAAGUGAUGUGGACACUCUUUGCUCAGGACAUAAAGUAUGCCCUGGAAGAGCAUGAGAAAAUGAGAUUGUGUAAAAGCGCGGACUACAUGAAUCUGCAUUUUAAAGUUAAAUGGCUCUACAACGAGUAUGUCCAUGACCUGCCUGCCUACUCUGACGCCGUCCCAGAGUACCCUUCGUGGUUUCUGCCAUUUGUUCUGCAAUGGCUGGCUGAGAAUGAGGAAGUGUCAAUGGAAUUUAUGCAUGGAGCUCUUGAGAGGGAUAAAAGAGAGGGAUUCCAGCAGACAUCUGAACAUGCUCUGUUCUCCAGUUCAGUGGUGGACAUCUUUACUCAGCUCAACCAGAGCUUUGAGAUCAUUAAGAAACUAGACUGUCCCGAUUCUGUUGUUGCAGGCCAAUAUAACCGACGUUUUGCCAAGACUAUCACCAAAGUGCUCCUGCAGUAUUGUACUAUUCUAAGCAAGAGCUUCUCUUCCUACUGUGAAAAAGAGAAGACACCCUGUGUGUUGAUGAAUAACGUUCAACAGAUACGUGUGAUGUUGGAAAAGAUGUUUGAAUCUAUGGGGGCCAAACAGUACACUGCUGAGGAAGAGCGGCUGGAGAAUGAGGAGGAGCUGGAGGACGAUGAAGAGGAGGCCAUUACUGAUGAUGAAGGCAAUGAGUCAGAUGAAUCAGAUGUCAAGUCUGGCUGUUCAGAUUGGGAAGGAUCAGAGCUCGACAAGCAGAAGUCUGUUUCUAAGAAGGAAAAGGGAGAAAAGAAAGACAAAGAGAAAGAGGAUGAGAACAGGACCACAGAGGUGGGUGAUGGAGCCGAGCCCCAAGAUGAGGGAAAAGAGAAUGAGGCAACAUUCAACACAAAAAAGCUUGACACAGAGGCAGCAGACAUCCUCAAUGACCUGCAAGGGAAGCUUAAUUCUGUUUUAGAUAACCUGAGUGCCAUGUUUGCCAAGAGUUUCCAGGCCCGUAUAAAUGUGUGCAUGCGGCAGAUGGCGGAGAUCCUGUAUCAGAUAAAAGGUCCUCUGAAUCAGAACACUCGUAACACAGCAGAGGCUGAUGCAGAUAACGCUUUGAGACCACUUAUGGAGUUCCUCGAUGCCAACCUCAGCAUCUUUGCGGAUAUAUGUGAGAAGACUGUGUUGAAGCGUGUGCUGAAAGACCUCUGGAAGAACGUUUUGAUCUGCAUGGAGAAAACCAUUGUGUUGCCUCAAAGCAGCGACAGUAUCGGAGCUCAACUUCUUACCGCUGCUAAGGAACUCUCUAAACUAAAGGGAGGGGUGGAGCCGAAGAGUUUGUCACCCAGACAAUGUGUGAUCAUGGAGGCAGCACUGGACGCAAUCAAGCUGUUCUUCCACGCUGGUGGGAAUGGUUUAAAAAAAGCAUAUCUGGAGAAGAGCCCUGAGCUGUCAUCGCUGCGUUACGCUCUCUCCCUCUACACACAGACCACAAAUGCUCUUAUCAAGACAUUUGUGACAACACAACAUGCUCAGGUUCAAAAUGGAAUGGGCAUGAGGAUCACCCCCAAAGAGAAUGUUCGACCUGACAGAGGCUCUGGGGUUGAGCGGCUGAUAGGGGAGGCAGUGAUCCAGCUGGAUUUGUUGCCCCCAGCUGGCAACACUGAACAGAAACUCAAUGUCAGAGUGAUUGCAGUAAAUGACAUGAAAUGGCAGACCUCGGGGAUGUUCCGUCCGUUUGUUGAGGUUAACCUGGUCGGCCCACAGCUUACAGAGAAGAAACAAAAGUUCACAACCAAAUCGAAAAACAACAGCUGGACAGCAAAGUAUAAUGAAGCCUUCCAGUUUGUGUUGGGUAAAGGCGUGAGUCUGGACUGUUAUGAGAUUCAGAUAACUGUAAAGGACUACUGUUUUGGCCGCGCUGACCGGGUGGUUGGAAUCGCAGUACUACAGUUGCGUGAUGCAGCAGACCGGAAGAGCUGCGUGUGCUGGUGCCCCUUGGGCCCACGCAUCAACAUGGAUGAAACCGGGACCACCACGCUGCGCAUUCUCUCUCAGCGCUCAAAUGAUGAGGUCGCCAAAGAGUUCGUAAAACUAAAAUCUGAGACUAGACCAGUUGAGGAGGGCAGGUGAAGAUAAGACAAAGAGAAAGUUGACCUCUCCAAUCAUUAAUAACGAUACAAACUGACAGGUUGAACUAGACCAAAAAAGGGAAGAAAGGAAGAGAGACACAAGACUUUGAUAAUACUGGACAGUGUGACUGACAUAUUAUAAGACUUUCUGACAAUAACUGACAGACAAACAUACACAGUCAUAAACUCUACCCAAAAGGACCCACACUGUGUUUAAAAUUGUGAUUGUUUAUUCAAAGCCUUAAGAGUUAUGUACUGUUUGACUGGCUUUGCAUCUAUGCUUAUGACCGUCAACUAUGCUAGAUGAAGUGUUUGCAAUGAGAAGAGAGUAGCAGAAGAGAGAGUAUUCAUUUUAAAGAAUUAAAUAAUUUGAGGUUAUUUAAAGCGUAUCAGAAGGCUUUGUGACUGAAUCAUACCUGUGAUUUCAGAAAAUGUAUACUGUAUGUGCUAGACACAUUUCAAAUAUAAGACGGUCCAAGAGAUGUUUUGCCAAAUCAUGAGUCUAUGGGAUCAUUUCACACUGUUCGUUGUGGCCUUCUAAGUGGGAGAAGUGGUCUAAAUAUUCAUUCCUUUGCAUGAAUCUCAUCAUUUGCUGCUCAACCUCUGACUGACACAUGCACAUUUAGAAACACACUAUUUUUCAUUGGUCUUAUUAAUAUAAAUUCCUAUUAAUAUGAAUGUGAUAUCUUGAAAACACUAGCCAUCUUUAGAUGGAAAGAUUUUUUUGAAAGAUAUUUCUGUUCAACUUGUGGUAAAACUACUCCAAAGACAAUUGUCAAUUUCUGUUAGCUUGGAACAGAUUUUUUUAUUUGUUCAACUAUGGCCUAUUAAAAAUAAAUACCUAAAUAAAUACAUCUAUAGACCAACCAGUAGUGCCAGCCAAUGAGAAGAGAGUCAUGAAACUGUUUACCUUGUGCCAAAUAGUUUGUAUGUUCACUUUUUUUUUUUUUUUUUUUUUUUUUUUUGUGUGUGUGUGGUCUAAUUGAGCUGUCAUUUAGAUUUAUUAUUAUUUGGGUUUUUUUGGGAUAUACAGUAUGCACAACCAAACAGAUGUGCACAUAAUCUAUAAAAUAGACUACUACAUGUGCAUGUAUUCAUUGUAAAAAGUUCAAAUAACAGGUUUUUAUUCAUUUAAAUUGUUUUUUUGUUUUGUUUAUGUUUUGUCAAAAUGUGGGAAGCUAUUUGUUUAUUUUAAAUGAUGGACAAAAUCAUAGUGAUCAACUAUAACUUGUAUUGAUAUUUGGAAUUGUUUAUAAACGGUUUAUAAACUGAAUCUCUUUGUGAUUCUGUUUGAAUAAAUAGCUAAUCUUUUGGUCCAUAAAAUCUUUGAUUUUGAAUGUUAUCACUGCUGCUAAUAAGCAGAAAAAAUAAAAAC